AAAUCGCCCGCUCGCCGCGCAAACGAGAGCACAAAGCACGAAGGGAAAAGCGAAAUAGAGCGGCAAAAGAUCGGCGAUUAGAGUUUGCGCACCUGGUACCGCUCCUUCUCAUCCUCGGCGAUUACUUCGAACUCCGCGGCGGCGAUGGGGGCGUGCGCGUCUCGCGAUUCGGCGGAGGCGGCGGCGACGGCGACGGCGAAGGUGGUGCUCCCCGGCGGGGGGCUGCGCGAGUACGCGGGGCCGGUGAGGGCGGCGCACGUGUUGCGGGGGGAGCGCACGUGCCUCUUCGUGUGCGACGCGGACGCGAUGGAGAUCGAGGGAUUCGUGGGGGAGCUCGGCGACGAGGAGGAGCUCCUCCCCGGCCAAAUCUACUUCCUCCUCCCGAGGUCGAUGCUCAAGCGCCCGAUCCGCGCCGACGAGAUCGCGGCGCUCGCGGUGCGGGCGAGCGAAGCGCUUUUGGCUGUGGCGGCGCCGAGAAGCGGCGGGAGGGGCCGGCGCCGCGCGGUGGCGCCGCUGGUGUUUGCGGCGGCGCCCGAGGACGAGGAGAAGAAGAAGAGGAUGGGUGGGGCGAGGAAGGGGAGUGGCAGGGGCCGUAAAUUUGAGCCGGAUCUCGGAGCGAUUCCGGAAUAGAAGAGUCGAGAAUCGGCGCGGAGGGGGGGAUUUUAUAUAUACUCCAUUCUUAUUCACCUGAUCCCGCCACGUGGCGGAUUGAGGACGAUGUGGUCCGUCGGAUUGAUGAUCACUGGGGUGGAUCGUGAUUGGUGCGCCUUGUUGCGCCGGAUGAGAGUAGGCGGGGAAUGUGCCUCGGCUUGUGUACAGCUCCGGAGGCGGAAAAAUGAUCGAACCGCCAUUUUUUGAAUGUAUAAAUUUAAAAUUUGAAUUUUAAAAUUUGUUUAGAGAAAUGGACGAUUAUAUUGAAAUUAAAUUUAUAUCAACAGCUACAAAAAUUUAUGAA